AUAACUUUAUGUGAUUUUCUUGGAAUUUUUGGCCUGCCAACAAGUCAUUAUUGUUGUUGUUUGUUCCACCCUCUGCCCAUAACUUACAAUCUCCAUUGAUUGGUCUGUGCUUUUUACUUUAGUAUUCUGGUGGAAUGGAAUCUCUAUGUUCUGUUUCUUUCUUUCUUUGUGCUGCAUAUACCUCAGUGUGUAUUUGAUACUUUUUUCCCCUAUAAGAUUUCUUAGAAGAAUGCUCCAAAUGCCUAACACUUUUCCAUUGUGAUUUGAAAGCUUGAAUAAUUGUGCCCGAAUGGACCCAAAUGACAUUAAAUAUUUGUCCUUGGUGACUAUACCCGAAAGGAAAGAAUAAAAAUUGAUUAAAGCUACUUUAUUCAUAUUCCUCUCUAAUAUUCCCAAGAAAUGAACCCAGCCAGAAUCAUGAGAAAUUGCUGUCUACAGGCCAAAGUUCUGAAUAAGCUGGUUUUGAUUCCAACUUUCUCUUUCUCUGCUCAUGAGGAACUGCCUAGCUUUUCUACCUGUACAAGUCAAGUAUGCUCAAGCAAUAAAGAUUGAGAAGGUUAUUGAGGAAGCUCUAAAUUUUUUUCUCUGAUUUCUUUAAGAUCAUCCCCUCUUUGUUCUUUGAAGUACAUGAUCAGUUGCCUCCAGAACUUGAUUUGGUUCAAAUAAUUCUAGGUCUAGAUAAACAUGAGAGAAGUGGCAGAUAAUGGUAUGGAUUUUCAAGUAGAAAUAGAUUCACUUCUCGGACUGGGUGAAUCUGGGAAACUUAUACCAAGCUCUCCUCGAGUGCUGUCAAUUCUUUCCACUGUUUUCGAGAGGUCGAUUCAGAAAAAUGAAAAGUUAUUGAAAAGACUCAAAAAGAAAGACAAUGUUACAAUUUUCCAUGGUUCCCGAGCUCCCACCAUGGGCAUUGGACAAUAUAUCGAUCGCAUCUUGAAGUACACAUGUUGUGGCACUCCUUGCUUAGUUGUUGCCUACAUAUACAUUGAAAGGUAUCUUCAAAAGAUGGAUGCUUACCUAACUAAUUUGAACAUCCACCGCCUUCUGAUCACCAGCAUCAUGGUUGCAGCAAAGUUUAUCGAUGCCGGGUGCUAUAACAAUACUUUUUAUGCCAAAGUUGGAGGAGUGAGCACAAAAGAGAUGAAUAGCUUGGAGAUCGAAUUUCUGUUCAAUUUGGACUUCAGACUUCAUGUCACUGCAGAUAUUUUCAGUAAUCACUGUUUGCAGCUCCAAAAGGAAGCUCUUGGGGGGGAGAAUCAAGUCGAUCAUCGAGCCGGUAACAAAACUCGAACUAAAUGUUUACCUCAAAUUACAGGCUAUACUUGCAGUGCCAUUUAAACACUCCCAAUGAAAUUUCAUUUUCUUAAAUUUCAUGGUUACUUUAGUGUUCAAUCUCUGGAGCUGUAUGAAAUAUUAUUAUAAAGCUUCAAUUUUUAGACUAAAUCCAGAAAGUAAAAAAAUUGUACUAGGAGGAGGAUGGGAAUGCAGAGAUUCAAUGAGAAAUGUUUAAAGUGCACUGGAAAAUUUUUAUAAUUCAAUAAUGAUCGUUAGAUUUCAGAUGAU